UAGAAUAAUUAAUUAAUUAUAUAAAUGAAAACAAUUGUAGAAGUGUUAAAGAAAGUAUGAAUUGUUGACUUGAUUACAGGGGGCACCAAGGGACAGUGCCUGUUAACAGUCUGGUAAUAAAUGUAUCGACAACCAACGUUGGGCCGAUGUAGUCUUGCUAUCUGGUUUGGGGGUUGUUGUUUUUUUGUUUUUUUUUUUUUUAUUUAUUUAUUUAAUUUUUUCCCUUCCUUUUCUACACAGGGGAUCAGCCUACUUUUCUAAUUUUUUUGAUUUUUAAUGAUUUAUUUAUUUAUUUAUUUUUUGUUCUUGUAUCAUGCUAUCAUUACACAUGUGAAUAUCGUUGUGGUGGCAAAGGUUGUACGUUUCUAUUGUUUACAUCAUGUGAUUAGAUUGUAGUCACGUGAACAAUUUCACAAAAUGAAAGUUGCGCCUCUUGUCGUGAACUUUCAUAACAGUUCUACUUCCGGUCAUCACAGCUGAGGCCGUGAUCAGAGGUCUUGGAAGUGGACAAGAAUUAGAACAGCAGACCAUAUAGCAUUACACUAAGACCACUAAGACAUGCUGAGACUACCCUCUGUUAGUUACAUUUGCCGUCACGUGAUCGAAUAUUCCCCCUGCUGCUUGUAUAGCUCUAAAUCAGGCAGUCAUUAUAAAGAUGUGCAUUUGCCUGAUUAUAACACCUCCAUAGACAUACACAGUCAUCGUCUGACACGCCCACAAAAACCUCCUCCGGCCCUAAAAUGGGAGGGGUUGCAGGACCUGAGGGAGAGAACCAAGGGUUCACUUAUACCGGAGACACUGAAACAGAUGGAAGAAGAUGAAGACUUCAAAUUCGCAGCUGCAAAACUUAAAGAACUUGGGCAGAAGAAAUUAACGAAAGAGGAGAGAAAGCGCAGACAGAGGGCCCUGACAAAUCUGAAUAUUCCAGACUUUGAAGUGUUUUGGAAACAGAAAAGGGCAGAAACAAAAGAACAAAGGAAUGGGGAGGACAUUCUAAAGAAAAAGAAGAUCAAUGUCCUACAGGUAAAUAUAGGUCUAUACUGUAACCAAGCUUGCAGCCACUGUCAUGUCGAGUCAUCACCAAAACGUAAGGAAAUGAUGAACCGAGAGAUCGCAGAAAGGUGUCUGUACAUUCUUAGAAAUAGCCCUUCCAUCCAUACACUGGACCUUACAGGAGGUGCCCCAGAGCUGUGUGAUGAGUUCAGGUUCCUUGUUAGUGAGGGCAGAAAGCUGGGAAAGACCAUCAUUGUUAGGAGUAACCUCACUGUACACACUGAGCCAGGACAGGAGGACACUGCUGAGUUUAUGAGGGAUCAUCGGGUUAACAUCGUGGCAUCCCUCCCAUGUUACACAGCCAAGAACGUCAAUCAACAGAGAGGGAAGGGAGUGUUCGAUCGAAGCAUACAGGCCCUCCUCAAGUUCAACUCACUCGGAUAUGGAGAGGAGGGGUCUAGUUUGAAGUUGGAUCUAGUCUAUAAUCCUUUAGGUGCCUUUUUGCCCCCAUCCCAAGGGCCGCUAGAGGAAAAGUAUAAAGAAGAACUAAACAAGUUCUUUGGUAUCAGUUUUAAUGAGCUCUUUACUAUCACCAACAUGCCAAUCAAAAGAUUCGCUGACUUCCUGUAUAGAAGGAGUGAGUUGAAGGAUUACAUGGAACUCCUGGUUAGGAACUAUAACAUCCACACAGUAGACAACUUGAUGUGUCGCAAUCUGAUCAACAUUAACUGGAAUGGCAAAAUCUAUGACUGCGACUUCAACCAGCAGCUUGAAAUUGGCAUAAAUAAGAACAUGGUCAAAGAUCCCAUGACGGUGUUUGACAUCUCCUCCACCAGCGAGUUGGAGGAUAUUCACAUCCAGACAGACAACCACUGCUUUGGUUGUACCGCGGGGAUGGGCUCCAGCUGAGGAGGAGUGGUGGUGUAAGGGAUACCGAGGCUUCUGUCUCUCCCUCACACCACACAAAAAUGUUAGUAUCUGUGCAGUAGCUAGCAACACUGCUUGUCAUCAAUUUAAAUGCACUCUUUUAUAGCGGCGUGCAUAUGUCUUUUUUUUUUAUAACAUGUAUCGAUUAUUUAGACUGUGGUUGUGCUUUGAAUACAGGUGCUAUAUUCAUAGCUAUGGGUAUCUUAUUUAUUGAUAAUUUUAUUUUUUUUAGUGGAAUUUGAACCUAGUCAUUACACAGUUUAAUUUUUACAUUCAUAAUCUAUAUACAUUGAAUCAAUGCCCACCGUAUGUGUUAGAGACUCUCUGGGAAAUGUUCAAGCUUUUGGUGCAUGAGGCAUACUGCACAGAUACUAUACAGAGGUUUGGAUCACUGUACACUGUAUGAAGACUGCCGUGUAACCCGGACGAAGGAUGCAGCAGUUGGAACGGAUGUGUCUGUUUAUAACUAGUGAGAAUGGCCUUAUAUAAAACUCACUUUUUAAUUUUGUUGUUGUGAAUUGUUGAAGUGGGCCUUGCUAUAUCAAACAGUCAUAAAAAAAAAGCUAGUCCUACCUACGAAGCAUGUUUUGUUUCCUUUAGUCAAUACAGAGCAAAUUCAUGAACCUAGAUGUAUAAGUCGUUGAAUUGUAUGUUUUUUAAACAUCAUAAUAUACCUAUUUUUAGAGGUAGACUAUAAGUAACUAUGUAAAUUGAAAUUUACUUUUCAUGACAAUAUCACAACAUUUUUAGCUUUAAUGUAUAUGUUUUUUUUUUUUAAAUGAUAUGAUUUUUGCAUAUGUACAAGGCAUUUUAUAGUCAGCAAAGUCUAUUGCAAUUCGUUCCCUUCCAUAUUUAAACCACUCUUCAAAAACCUUUUAAUAUUUACAACGUCUUUAAAACUAGCAAAUCAUUUUCUUCCAGAUUUUGUAUGUAGCAUGUAUAUAAUAAAGGGAAGCAUGAUUAUGGUCCUUGUCCCAUUUGGACCCUAAAGAAUGGGGCCAAAACUUUACAAUCCUUAAACAUUUAAUUCUUUAAUCCUAAACAUUUAAUUCUUUAAUCCUAAACAUGCAUAUAUUGUUUUGGUGAAAUCUGUAGUUAGAAUUAGCAUACCACAAUUGAUUUUAUGGUCCCUGGGUCAGGUAAAUAGGCCUCAGAUUAGUCUAAUUAAAUGAGAUAUUGAUUGUUCAUGUUAAGGAGGCCCUUUACAUCAUCAUAAUGGCUGACUUCUUUUUAAAACAUGGAUGAAAAUAUAAAUAUCAGCAAUAUUUGCCUAUUCAUUUCAAACCUCAGUGCCUAGCUGAGUAGCUCAGUAGGUUAUCAUGUUGACUACUGAACUGUAGAUCGCAGGUUCGAGUCCAGCAGGGGUUUUAAAUUUUUUUCAGAUUGCUUUCAACUAAAACUGCAGUUUUUGACUAAAUGAAGGUUUUCAAUUUCAAAAUAUUGUUGUACAUAUAAUCCUCCAUUUUUCGUCCAUAUCAAAUUUCCCUGAUGUAGCAUACCUCCUUAAAAACAAACUUGAAUUGUACAUGUAAUGCACAUGUAUUGUUUAAUAUGAUGGUUGAUUCAUGUAUAUUUUUGAACUUCUACGAAUGAAGAUUGGAGAUACAUCGUGA